GUGUGUGCGCGCGCGCUGAAUGAUUCAGCGCAGUACAGCAGCAGCAACGGGAGUAACCGUAGCGGAGGACCGUAGCAGCGGUAAUAAAGCCUCGUUUAACCGGGGAGAAGGACCGUAGCAACGGUAAUAAAGCCUCGUUUAACCGGGGAGAAGGACCAUAGCGGCGGGAAUAAAGCCUCGUUUAACCGGGGAGAAGGACCGGAUAGAAGGACCGUAGGACCCGGUUUUCAUUGAAUAUCACGGUGUGUGAACGGGCUGACUGAAUUAGUAGCAUUAGGAAAGUUCAUCCUUUACACCUGAACUUCCGCCCGGAGACAGGCUGUCAAUCAUUCCAAUGGUCAUCUUAUCUCACAAGGAGUCGCCGACUCAGUGUCUCCAUGGUAACGUUGGCGGGGUCUGAUGUCGGCCUCUCCUUCAGCUCUCCUCGCCCCUCCCGCCAUGCCCACCAUGGUCUCCCGGCUGCCCAAGUUUGGCUUCCGGCCCUCCUCCUCCGGAGUGCCCCAGGCCAGCAACCCUCAGAGCGUCCCUACUGCUACAGCUUCAGGUGGGACCCCGAUGGGCGGGGUCGACCUCUCUGCACCCCUCACCAACGGAUCAAACCACCAGCCCCCAAACACCGUCUCCACCGCCGUCACAGGGGGCCUGGUCAAGAACAAUGGUUUGCUCGGCAUGCCCGCCCCUCUCUCCAUAAGUUGGACCAAAAGAGGAAAGGUGGGGGUCAACAGGGCGGGCGUGCCAGGUAGGAAGAUCGGGGCCGUGGCCCAGAGUGACGUCGUCACUCCGUGCCAACAGCUCCAACUCCCGCCAGCGCAACAGCAGCCGUCGCCGUCGACAACGCAGCGCUGGCUCAAGAAACCCAACCCCCCGGUAACCACGGCGCCGACGACAGUUGCCUCUAAAGUGCGCGUUUUUGGUUUGGGAGCAGCUUCAGCGUCCUCGCCACCAUUGGGCCCUAAACUCCUCCCUGCUGUAAAGGGCGGAGCCGGCGGCACCCGACCGGGCCAGAAGGCUGUGCCGGGCCUCACCAACGGGACCAGACCAAACCUCAACGGCCCCGCCCAGCGGUUCGGGGCCCUCCGCCAGCGCGCCAGCUCGUCCGGCUCCGGCGGGCCGGGGGGCUCGCGGCCCAGCUCUCGGUCGGGCUCCCCCCUCCUCAGCAAGCAGCCGGCCGGCCGCUCGCAGUCCAGCGACAGCCUGAGGACCGGGGGUCUCGGCGGGGGCGGCCCGUCCGUCCGCCUGCUGUCGGAAAAGGACCGUCUUCGCUCCCGGAGCCUGAACCAGGUGCAGAGGCAGCCCUGGUCCACGCUGCCUGCCGCGCUGUCGGCCGCGCCGGCCUCCUCCAGGAUCACGCGUUCAUACUCCCUCAACAGGGCCGCCGAGCGGGGCUCCAAGGAGCCGCCACCGACCGCGCCCUCCUCCCGGCUGCUGCUCCUCCCAAAGGCCCCGGGGGGCCGGUCCCCCCUGGCCAAGCACGCCCCUUGGGGGGACGCAGACGGUGUGGUGGGUCUCGGGGGAGCCAAAGGCCUCCUCCCGGUCUCCCACCUGAAGAAGCCCCUCCUGCCCAGCACUCACCUGUCCUACAACGCCCUCGGAGCCCACCGCUCGCGGCCGUCGCUCAUCAGGCAACCCCGCCCACUCCGCGUCACACCGGCCCCUGGAGCACAACACCACAGUCAGGAAGUGGAAGUCCAGGGAGCGGAAGCACGUAGGAACUCUCUGGAGUCGCCCUCGGUCACGCCCUCCACCACGGAGAACAGCCCCGGCAGCACCCCUGAGGCGGUGGAGCGGGUGUCCCACGGCGAGGUCUCCCUCCUGGGGGAGACGCUGGAGGACAUGUCCCUGUCGUCCACCUCCUCCCUGGAGCGACACAACGACACCAGCCAGGAGUACAUGGACGACUUUGAUAACCUCGGAAACGGUGGUGUUGGAAUCCUGCUUCUCUCCACCAAUGACGGUGGAGAGGAAAUGGCCAUGAACCAAUCGGAGUCCAGAACACAUGAUGUGAAAGUCCUCCGUAGCAGCGAUGAGACGAGGAUGUCAGGGAUGCCCAGCUUCCUCGGGGACAGCAUCGACUGGAGCGGCGUGAGGCUCAGUGGUGACCCAGAGGAUUACCAUUUGAGCAGGUUAACCAGGCAGAGGAGGACCAGCCAACAAGACUAUCAGGAACAGGGCGGGUCGUCUCUGGACCUGUCCCCCUCGGACAGCUGUGGUUCUGGGGGAACGUACAUGUGGGACGAGGAGGGUCUGGAGCCCCUGGGGGGGGCGGUGACCUCCGCCACCACCAUCACGGCCAACACCGCCAGCACCGCCCAUCACAGAGGGAGCUACGACUCAGACCUCAAUAGCAUUGACCUACUGAACAAUCUGGACUCGUGUGAUCUUGACGACGAUGACCUCAUGCUUGACGACGAGCUUCCUGAAGACCCGUUGCUGCACGGCGAUGGGGAUGGGAUCACCCACAUGGCCCAGUGGAGGAUGCCACAGCUCUGCUGGGGAACACAGGAUAUCCACAAUGACAACAGUGAGUUCCAGUCCUACCAUCUGACCGAGGACCCUGGGAACCAAAGGAGCGACAAGGAGCUCCUCCUGGGUCUGUCGACUGCAAGGUCUGCUGGUACCAGUACUGGUCUGAGUCUAUCCCUGAACCGGGACCUGGACCUUGAUUUGAGUCUGGGUAUGGAUCUCGGUCUUGGGAUGGAUGUGGAGGAGCUGGCUGAUAACUGCUCUGCUGUCCGAGCUCAGUUGGAACACCUGCAGAGACUCCUGCUACAGGAGGGAGGGGGUGAGGAGGAGGAUCUAGAGGACACCCUGACCACAGACACCCUUAGCCCAGAGGACUCCAACAGCUCAGAGGAGCAGCCCCUCAACAAACAGGUGGCAGAGCUGUUUUGCGAGGUGCAGCAGCUAAGGGAGGACGUGAGGAGGAGGGAUCAAACCAUCGCACAGCUAACACAGCAACUGACUGUUCCCGUGGCGACUAGCAGGUGUCACUGCCGGGAGACGGGGACGGAGAGGCGGACGGCCGGACAGACGCAGACGACGGUAGCGGACGGAGGGCGGGCAUGGCUGCACCAGGCCUCACAGACACCCUGGAGGGAACACAAUCCUCAGGUACUACCGUCCCAUAUCCAGCUGGACCAUCAGGGCCAACUGACCCGGACAGCCCCCGGCCUGGCCCGCCGGGCGCCCCCCCCCGCUGAACCCACCUCCCCCGUGGUACUCCAACACCGCCUGACUCUUUUAAGCAACGACACUCUGGAACAGCCCGCCACCCCCGCUCACGCUGGCCCCAGCCCGUCUCCUCCUCUUCCUCCUCCUCCUCCUCCUCCUCCUCCCAUGGACGGCGGAUGCGACGGCGGCAAUGCGUCGGAGAGGAGCGUGCAGGGAGAGGAGAGGGGGAGGGUUCUGAAAAGAGGAGUGAGCGUUACGAGGAGGGGGUCCGAGGAGGAGAAGGGCGAGGCCUUUGAGCCGACGCCGGAGGGGAGGAGGAGACACAAGCAGCCCGGGAAGGAGGAGAAAGGAGGCGCACGAGGAGGGCAAUCCCUCCUGCCGUCCUACAAACUGCGCCACCUCCCUCUCCUCACCUCCAAGAUCCCCCUCUCCUCCUCCUCCGCCGCUACGCUUACCCCAGCCGGCCCAGCGGUCUACCCCAGCAUGGCCAGCACCCCGCCGAGUCCCACCCGCACCCCCCAACCCCGGCCCAGGGCUCUCAGGCAGCCGUUGGCGCCCCACCAUGCAGACCACAGCGCUGCUUCUGGGGCCAAAGUCAGAGCCGCUCCCCCAUUGGCUGGCUCCUUGCACCUUCCCCAGCAAAAGAACCAAGGACCAAUCCUGUGAUCUUGUCCGUCUUUCAUGCCUGAUUGCCUCCCUGUUAGCGGGCCUGACCCUCCUAAACUGUUUGUCCCAGUCCUCUAGCUAACCGGUUAUGCUAUUCUUUGUCUUCAUUCUUUCUACAACCCACCUCCCCACCUAAACUCUCUGUUCCCCCCCACCCAUGGCAACUUCACAGUCAGCAUGGCCAACAACAACCAAUCCCGACAUAUGAGUUCAAACACUUAUCCACGCACUCAUAACUUCCAGACUCGACGGCUGCCACAGCAUCCUCUAUGGCUCACCUAACACAAACCUCCAUAAACUUCAGUACGUCCAGAAGCUCUCCGCACGCUCACCUCAACCCGCCGCCGAGAUCACCUCAGCCCAGUCCUCCACAACCUCCCCUGGCUCCCAUUUCAAUUUAGGAUUAAUUUCAAGGUACUACUCACCACCUAUAAAGUCCUAAAUAACCUGGCCCCUCCCUACCUCUCCGACCUCCUCCACCUCCACACUUCCACCCAUUGCCUCAGGUCUACGGACACACACACACACACUCAGAACCCCCAAGACCAAGCUCUGCACCUGGGGUUACAGGGCCUUCUCUCACACUCCCUCUGGAACUCCCUCCCCGACCACAACCGACCGGCCAAAACACUCCCUUCAGUUAAACCCUCAAAACCCACCUCUUUAAGAACGCUUUCACCACAGAACUUCCUUUCGUUCCCUCCCCUUUCCUCCUUUCUUAUCUUGUUUUACUUUUUAUUGAACCUUUAUUUAACCAGGUAAAAGUCUCAUUGUGAUUAAAAUCCCUUUUUCUUACUAAUAUACUUUCUUAUUGAAUGAUUUCUUUUUGGGUUCGCUCUGUAAAGCGUCUUUGAGACCCUAAAAACCGCUAUAUAAAUCGAAUGUAUUAUUAUUAUCAAUAUUAUAUAUCUAUGUGACUGUGGGUCCGACCCCUUGCUGCUAUACACAUGUACUCACAACGCUCAACCCUGAUUGGUCCGUCCGUCUGUCCGUCACUUGAACGACCAUGGAGGUAAUGUUGGGAGGAGCUCACACUGGGAGAAGCCACUGGAUUGUGGAAGGGGUUAUAAGCUUUGAGACGGAGGCAGGAACACAUCUUUGUAUGUAUAUAUCUGCAUCUGUACUUGUACGUGUUUCCAUGAGCUUUUGGAGUCACUUCUGUUUAUUAUUUAUAAUUCUGAAAAAGGCACCUUAACAUGAAGAAAUCCGAUCCCUGCUGUGUGUCCACCGAUCCGUACGAGGUCGGGAGAACACGCUCACACGGAAGUUGAAUUGCAUUCUGAAAUGCUGUCGAGAAAGAGCUUUUCUCCAUCUGUACAUCUAAUUUAAUGUUUGAUAAUACUUAUGGGUAUAACAAAUUGUAGCCUAUUUAAAAGUGUUGUUUCCUCAUCCAUUCAUUUUAAGUUAAAUUGUGUAAUUUAUAUUUUGUUUAUUUAUUUACAAUGUUGUGCUGUUAAGAAACUUGUUGAGAGAAGUGUUGCUUUUAAGCUUUUGAAAAGUUUGGUUUUGAUCAUCACAUUUAAUUAAAGAUACACUGUCCUAUUUGAACAAAUUGGUGUCACACCUACAAUCACCAUAAUCGUGUUCAUAAAAUCUCACCCAAAAUGCGAGUCUGACCAAAAGCAAUGUUAUGCAGUUGCGUACUACUGAAAGGUUAGCUCUUGCUAGUUAAAUAUGGUAAGGAGGGAGAACAGACAGGUAUGUCAUGCCAACACACCAGAUAAAAUCGUUUAAGUAACGAUGUGAAGCUCGAGGGUGUUAGGGGGGAUGAGGAUCCAUUGAUACCACUUGGUGAAAUACUUUAACAGUUUCAAAUGUUGUAUGGCUAUCCUUUUAACUGUAAUCGAUUUGUGAUUUCAAAACAGAAUCGUUUUUGGAGCUCAAACAAAAGGAGCUUAGCGAGCGUUGUGGUGUGAUUAAAGAACUGACCCUUAAUGUUUAAAUGUUUAUUAUGACGUAUAUGCAAUAAUUGUAUGGCUCAUUGCCUGCUACAGCCAUUAAACCUAUCCCUUCCUUUUUGAUCCGCAACUUCUCUGUCUUGUUUAAUAAAACUGUGCUGCUAGAAAUCCUUAAUUGUACUAAUAACUACGGCGUGUAUGUUUUUGUCCCCACACAAAUGCUGUUCAUCAAAAUAACUAUAUGCAAUAUCAAGUAUGGCUAACGCUACAAGUUCGGAGUGUCAGAAAGACAGUCAAGUGAUCACUAGGUUACCGGUUCAAUCCCCGUCCCUUCCAGUCCAUUAGUGGUUAUAAUCCAUAUCCACUCAAUCCACUUGUAUCUGUUCCUUUAGUUGACUGCAAUAUGCUUGCGAUGAGAUUUACAGCGGAUAUGGUUAACUGACAUUGAAACUAUAUAACAUGUAUGUUAUUAAUGUGGACGGUUUCUCUGGAGUUCAACUGUCAAUCGAUGGAAUUCUGUUAAGCUGCUGCUUCACAACAAGCAUGAUUUACCGAUAACGAUUAAAACACAAUUUCCUUCUGUUGAAAGCCACUGUGUUGGACUGUUGUUAUUUUUUGGCUGCAAAUUGUCAUAGCGUAUACACUGUCUAAAUUAUAAUAUAAUUUUUGUGUUCCAGCACGUCAAGAUCUGGUUAAUUUGGUUAAAAUCUGGUUCUGCAAGUAGGAACUGAUUUGGUUACCCAAUCGGGUUUGGCCUGUACAAUGUGGUUUUGUUCGAUAUAGGCUGGCUUGGUCCAGUCGUGUAUGUUUUGAUAGUCAAGAAUGUUCUGGAAUGAGUUUGGCUUAGAGAAGGGCAACUCUUCGAGGUUGAUCAUUAUUUUAAAGCAUGUGCUGCUUUUCUUUCCAUAAGCUUUUCAAAACCUUUUGUUGAGUUGAUCUUUUACAACCUUCCCAACUUGUUAUUUUAUUUUGUGAGUUUGCAAACAAGGUCUGAGAUUAAAAAUAAAUCCAUGUUGCGGUUCCCUCUCCUCUCCAUGUAGCAAUAAACAGCUGCAAUCCCACAACGUUAACAUUUUGCCAAAGGCAAUCUAUAAUAAAUUGAAUACAUUUUCGACA